UCAUCCUCAUCUACGUUUCAAUAAACACAAGAGUUGAAAAUAUAAAAUUGAUCAGAACUAAACCGGAUCUGAAGAAUGGCGGACGAAGUGAUUCUUCUUGAUUACUGGCCAAGCAUGUUCGGGAUGAGGACGAAGAUGGCUUUGGCUGAGAAAGGAGUCAAGUAUGAGUACAAGGAAACAGAUCCAUGGCUGGAGUACAUCGAUGAGGUUUGGUCCGAUGCAUACACAAUCCUUCCCUCUGAUCCUUACCAGAAGUCUCAAGCUAGAUUCUGGGCUGAUUUCAUCGACAAAAAGUUUUACGAUCCAUCAUGGAAGGUAUGGGCAACAAUGGGCGAAGAACAUGCUGCAGCGAAGAAGGAAUUGUUGGAACAUUUCAAGACACUUGAAACAGAGCUCGGAGACAAACCUUAUUAUGGUGGUGAAGUAUUUGGAUACGUAGACAUUGCAUUGAUGGGAUACUACAGCUGGUUCAAGGCCAUGGAGAAAUUUGGUGAAUUCAGUAUCGAAACAGAGUUUCCUAAAUUGACUACGUGGACCAAGAGGUGUUUGGAAAGAGAGAGUGUGGUUAAGGCAUUGGCUGAUUCUGAUAGAAUCAUUGAGUAUGUUAAUGUCAUGAGGAAGCAAUUUGGAGCAGAGUAGAUCAUUUGGUGUUUUGUAAUGUCGACCCAAACAAAAUAAAAUGGUUUGGGUAUCAAGAAGACUGUUAUAUUCUGUGUUUUUUUUUAUGUUUCAUUUCAUGUGAGAUUUGUAAUUGUUGGUUGUAUUGUUUUGUUGAAAGUAUGAUUAACCAUAAUAAAAAAUGUUUACUGUA